CGGAGCGGACGACAGACGAACGGCGGCGAUGUUUUCAAAAGCAGCGAUAAACGUCACACAGCCGUAGGCUACCAGUAACGUACAAUAUUUAGAAAAUAACUGUUAGAAUCGCGCCAUAUUAAGUUAAACCAGGACGCGAAUGAGUUGGUAGGAGCGUGUGACCCGGUUUGAAGGUGCAUGAUGAACCGAUUGUGCUGUAGGCGUCUAAGCUAGUCAGGUGCCGCACCAUGGCCAAACCUGGGGGCGACCGAGAUGGAGCCAUGGUGGAUAAGCAGGCAGGGAAGAAGAGUAAAGACAAACUGUCGCCUUUCACCAAAACUCCGAAGUUGGACCGGGGUGAAUUGCUGGGAAAGGAAGGGAAAGCCAAGUCUUCCAUGAAGCGCAAGCUUUCCUUCACUACAAGUCCGCCCCGGACAGAGGAGCGGGACUCAGACACUGAUGACUCAGACCCAGGCCAGUCGAGUGAGACCUGGGGAGAGAGAUUAGUGCCCCCCUGCAGGAUAUACGCAGAUAAAGAUGGACCAGAGAAGAAGAAGGUGAAGAAGGAACCUGGGAGCAGAAGGUCCCAGUCCUCUAACCUUUUAUUUGGAUAUCCGCUGUCAGAGCGCAAACAGAUGGCUCUGCUCAUGCAGAUGACUGCCAACAGUCCAGACUCCACGCCCAGCCACCCCUCACAGACGACCCCCAGGCAGAAGAAAGUCCCCAGCAGCGCCUCGUCCCGACAGAAGGACAAAGUCAACAAGAGGAACGAGCGCGGGGAGACGCCCCUCCACAUGGCAGCGAUCCGUGGAGACGCCAAGCAAGUUAAAGAGCUCAUUAGCCUGGGAGCCGAUGUCAAUGUCAAAGACUUUGCAGGUUGGACUCCGCUUCAUGAAGCCUGUAAUCUGGGUUACUACGACGUGGCAAAGGUUUUAAUAGCAGCAGGUGCAGAGGUGAACACGCAGGGGCUGGAUGACGACACGCCGCUUCACGACGCUUCCAGCAGCGGCCACAAAGACAUUGUAAAACUCCUCCUUCGUCACGGCGGCAAUGCCUUCCAAGCCAAUAAGCGCGGCGAGCGGCCAGUGGAUGUGGCCGACUCCCAAGAGCUGGAGCAGCUUCUAAAAGGAGAGGCGUCGCUGUCGGACCAAGACGACAGUUCUUCAGAAUCUGAAGACCCCCCAUCCGUCAAUCCAUCCAGCGUGGACGACAACAUGGAGGAUUCUGACACCGAAAAGGAAACGGACGGCAAACCGACCACAAAGGCGUCAUCGUCCGUGCCGGGCAUGGACGAGUACGAGUUUAAAGACGAGGAAGAAGAGGAGGAUCUGAGCAAAGCUCUGAACGACAGACACAUCCCCAGGAGGGAGCUGCGGCAGCGAGAGAAGGAGGAUAAAGAAAGGAAUCAUGUUGCGGGAAAGCAAAGCAACAAGGGCAACUCUUCCUCAAAGUCCAAAAAACCGAAAAGCUCCCGCGUCCACUGCAGCUCCGACACCUCCAGCGACGAGAUGGAGAGCCUGUCAGAGAAAAGGAACUCCCCCACCUGCUCCCAAAGCGCAGAGAGCCACCAAAUGGACACAAGGUUGAAAAAGGACAAUUCUGAGCAAAAGGAAAAGGGUAAAAUGAAGAAGAAGAGCAAAAACCAGACCAAAAACAAGGAAAAUGAAGAGGACGGGAAGGAGAACAGCAAAACUUUGGUCCUCUCUCUUGCAACUGUGUCGGAAAGCAACGAGAAGGGGCGGGAGGAGGACUCCUUUAAGAUGUCUUUCAGUCCUAAAGACGACUCAUCCGUCCACCUCUUCCAUUUUUCCUCCAUUAAAUCUCCUAAACUGAACCACAGCCUGGCAGACAAGCACUGUCCGCUCAAACAGGAAAACACCAAGGUGUCUAUCACCGACGGCUCAUACAACCACUACUCCGAUGCAGAUUACUGCACGGAAAGCUCCAGCACGAAAGGGUGCAAGCACCGGGAAAAGAGCAAACAUCAACAGAAGGAUUCCAGCCUGGAGGGAGACGACGGCCGCUCGAGCCCCUGCAAGGACAGCGUCAUAGGAAACAGCAUGGACGGCGGCGAGGGGGUCUUACGGAAGACAGAUCUAGACGGAAAAGUAGUGAAGAAGCACAAACUCAAACACAAGGAGAAAGAUAAACACAGGAGAGAGUACAAAGCUGACCGGAGCCGCCACAGGCAGAAGGAGACCAGGAAAGACGGCCACAGGAAUCUGGAGUUCGACAGGGAGUUCUGGAAGGAAAAUUUUUUCAAAAGUGACGAGGCAGAUGAACCUUUGGCAGCAAAAAAGGACUGUGAGGACAUCAGCUCAGUCCAGAAGCCUGCUGAUUCCCCUCCCAAAGAUGAGAGAAACUCGAAGGAGAAGCACUCCGGCAGCAAGGAAAAAAAGCUGAGAGAGGAGCGGGAAAAAGACAAGGUCGUGAAGAAGGAGCGAAAAGAGUCUGCCGGGAAAGAAGAGAAGACAAAGGACUUGAAGCCUAGCGAGUGUGAUGAGAAGGUGGAUGGUCACGGAUCAGGUCAAAGUCCCGAGGAGUCGCUGCAGAACAGCAGCAUGAAAGAGGAGAUGGAGGAGAAACCCAUCACAACUGAUCAGGAACAGCUGGACCUGUCCGAAAAGGCUUCACGUGACAAACCUGACAAGAGGCUUCCAGGGAAAGAAAAGGAUUCGGAUAAAAUGGAGAAAAGACAUCUGGACAAGGAGAAAAAGAUUAAACUGGAGCAUUCAGACAAAGCUGAGCCGCAAAAUUCAGUGGACCGCUGGAAGGAAAAAGACAGAACAGGAACCCUCUCGCCUGGAGAUAAAAGCUACAGAGAGAACGAGAAGCUGAAAUCUUUAUCCGCAGCAAAGAAGCACGAAGAUGGCAGGAAAAAUAAAGAUAAGCUCGAGAAACGCUCCGAUAGGGAGUACAGCGCCGGGGAUCACAAAGAAAGAGAUCGAGCAAACAGUGAUAGGAGAGGGAAACCUCUGGAGAAGUCCAUGGAUCACGGCAAGUCUGACCGCUUGAAAGAAAAGGACUGUGACAGGAAAAAGAAAGAUAAGAUAAAAGAUAGCAGCGUUUCAUCCAGCUCUAAUCUGAAGUUACUUUUAGAAGAUAAGAGGAGCGGUCUGUCUGAGAGCAGCAAGGUCUUAUCUACAAAAUCAAAGGAGGAAGCCCUGAAGACACCAGAGAAGGAUCGAGACAGAAGAGAUCGGGAGCGAGACUAUGACAGACACAAGGACAAGGAUAAAGACCGGCAUAAAGACCGCUCCCAGCAGGUCCGGAUCAACAAAGCCAAACCCGGCGAGGGAGACGCAGACAAGAGCAAACCAAAAAACCCCACAGCCACACGGGACGCCAAGCCGAAGGAGAAACGUCUGGUGAAUGAUGACCUGAUGCAGACCAGCUUUGAGCGAAUGCUCAGCAUGAAGGACCAGGAGAUCGAGCUGUGGCAUCGGAAACAUUUGGAAAAAAUCAAGCAGAAAGAACGGGAGAGACUCAAACAGCGGCCUCUGUACGAUCCGGGGAAGUCCAAACCAAAAGACAGAACAAAACCAGAACUCUGUUUAAACAAGGAGCUGACACGAUCAAAAAGCUCAGAAGCAUCCGACGUCCACGGCAGAGAGAAAUCCCUGAAAGAUGGGGCCAACAACAGGACGCUGUCUCUGGAUGGGAAGAGUGUGCCCACCAUUGGCACAAAGGUCAUAUCGGUUGUAGACAACUGCCUGAGCAGAUCGCCUCGACCCGAGAGCGACCGCGGUGGCCUCAUGUCCCGCUCCGUGUCCCUAGUCUCUGUAGCAAGCUCCGAGGAGUCCUAUCAGGCCGCAACAUUAACUCCCAGACACACAGAAUACGACUCGGACAUGAACCUGGAGACCUCAGACUCCCAGCAGGCAUUUCUCCAGUCUUCCCUCGUCAUCCAAGCUUCCAGGUCACCAUCUGUCCACGACAGAGACUGUAACAGUCCUCCAGACGUCCCACAGAGUAACCAGACGCCGCUGUCUGGGAAGCAUGAACCUCAGUACCUCCAGAGCGUUCUGGAGGAGCAUCCGAGGUCAUCAGCUGAGGGUGACGGUGCAGAGCAUCCGUUCACGUGUGGCCUUACCAACACCUCUGGAGAGGAACCGAAAACAAAGGAGACCUCAGAACCUGAUGAGAGCCUCAGCAGUCAACAAAACCUAAACCCAUCAGCUGAUCCCGCCAUGGAAAAAGAGGAAAGCACAGCAGGAUGGUCAGCAACGCAACUCCCAGGUAAAGAUCUUCCAAAUAAAAAUCAGAUGCUUCCAGAACUUGACGCCUCUCAGGCAGAGCAGAAAACUGCUCCUUUCCCAGAACCCGCUGUGGAGAAAGACGUCUCCUGUCCGACGGAAACCUCGCAGGGAGAGUGUGGGAGCAAAGAAUCCGAUCAACCGUUAACAUCCGGCGAGUCGUUGCCACUCACAGACGCAACAACCUUCCAGCAGAGAGAGAUGCUCCCAUCUUCCAGUACAGAGAACCAGUCGGAUGUCCUACAGGUGCCUGGCCAUCAUGACAAACUUGUGGAGAAUCCUGUACAUGAGAAUAUGGACGCCGGUUCAGACAACCCAACACCGGAGGGGGCGGGGAGUCCACUGCCAACCACCAGUUUGCACAUUCCCAGUUCAACAGAAGAGUUCCCAGCAGUUCAAGAAGACACAGCCACAGAUAAUCCUGACAAAUCACAGCCUUCCACCGACGACGUUGGACCAUGUCCUGAUGUUCAGAUGGAGGACGCUACGUCCUCUGUAACCCCCGAACCCAAGGCCGAGGAGACGGGUGACGCUCUGCCGAGCUCAGAGAACAGUGGUGGCGUUGCUGCUACAACAGAAAGUUCUUCCCUUGAAGAAAGCAAAGAUGGUUCAUAUGAACCUAAAGCAGAGAUCCCCUUGGAGCCCAUGGAGGUCACACCAGCAGAUGAUAAAACUGAGUCAUCAGCCGCAGAAGAACAGAGUCCGAGCUUCGUCCAGUCGGCCCCACAGACAGACAGCAGCAACGCCUCAGGGAACUCCUCUCCGCAGUCCGGAGACCGAGACUCCGAUUCCUCUGGAGCAAAGCUUAAAGUUCGCCCCGCAGACGAGGAUAUGGACGUCCACGUCCCUCAUCCACGCAAGAGGAAGAUGCCCAAGCUGUCUAACUCGCAGUUAUGCUCCACCACCCAGCUGGAGAAGGAGAAGUGUCAGCAGUCUCUCGCAGCCAUCGUGGACUCUGUGAAGCUGGAGGAGAUCGAGCCCUACCAGACGGAGAGGGCCAACCCGUACUACGAGUUCCUGCACAUCCGCAAGAAGAUCGAGGAGAAGCGUAAAGUUCUGUGCAACGUCACCCCCCAACCACCGCAGUAUUAUGAUGAAUACGUCACCUUUAAUGGAUCCUACCUCCUGGAUGGGAACCCACUGAGCAAACUCUGCAUACCAACAAUAACUCCGCCUCCAUCGUUACCUGAGCCUCUGAAGGAAAUGUUCAAGCAACAAGAGGUUGUCCGCAUGAAACUACGGCUGCAGCACAGUAUUGAAAGGGAAAAGUUGAUCGUUUCAAACGAGCAGGAGGUCCUACGAGUCCAUUACCGGGCUGCAAGAACACUAGCCAAUCAGACGUUGCCUUUCAGCGCCUGUACCGUUCUUUUGGACGCAGAGGUGUACAACAUGCCUCAGGACAUCCAGAACGAUGACGGCAAAACAUCGGUGAGGGACCGGUUCAACGCACGGCAGUUCAUGUCCUGGUUACAGGAUGUUGACGACAAGUUUGACAAACUGAAGACGUGUCUCCUGAUGAGGCAGCAGCACGAGGCAGCGGCCCUGAACGCCGUGCAACGUCUGGAGUGGCAGCUGAAGCUGCAGGAGCUGGACCCGGCCACCUACAAGUCCACCAGCAUCUUCGAGAUCCCCGAGUUCUACAUCCCGCUAGUGGAGGUCAACGAUGACUUCGACCUCACCCCGAUAUGAGCUGCGUAGACUGGCCGGCAUCUUCGUGGGAAUAGAAAAGGAAAUGUGAAGCACUUAAAAUGUGGCGAUUACACAGAGGAGCACUUAGAACAGAGGAGAUUUUUACCCCGGAGCUCCUAAUAGGAAGACAAACGAGGACAAAAAGCAGGAAACCGAGAUCCAGGCUAUAAAAGAAGAAACUGGGCCGGGUGGAGCGGACCAGAGGCACCCCUGAAAGAUUUCAAAGGUUUUCAAAGUGUUCAUACGUUGUGUACAGACUGUGCUCUUAAUUUUUUAACUUAUUUUAUACAUAAAAAUGUGCAUUUGUACAUAGUCAUGUAAUUAUUGUUUUAAACCUGUAAAAACAAAAAGUAAUAGAUAUUUUGAUUGUAAACUCGUUCUGUCUGAUGUUUUAAUGGACCAAAGUCAUUUUUUUUUUUAUAUAUCGAGUCUCCUCUUCGUCUGUGAUGUUCGUUGUUGUUGUUGGCUUCUGUUGUUUUUCUCUUUUCUUUUUAACUGUUUCUUCCUUCCUUCCUUCCACAUCUGGAGCUUUACGCCACAGCUGGUGUUUUUUGACUUUGGCAGUUAAAUGCUGUGCAUGCGUUGCGUUGUUCUUUAUCUUUAAAAGCUGUACCGUGGACUUAAAUUUGUGAGGUUUACUGAAGUGUUCCAGCUCCUUGGAUCUUUUCUUUCUGCCCCAACUUUUUGCGUCUCUUUUAGCGGCCUCACUCCUCAUGUGUUGUCCAUAGUGUGUCUCGCGCACAUUAAAGUCUGUUGUGGCUUCCAAGAAAUGGAAAAAAAAGAAAAAACUUUUACAGUUUCGACGUGAGAUCACAACAAAUCCUAUUUUUUCAACAUAAUGCCUUUUGAACGAUAGUUCUAAAAAAAUGUCUAUUUUAAUAUUUACUUGUUACAUGACUUGUACAUAUUUGUAAUAUAUAUAAUUGAAUAAAUUUUAUUUGUUGUGAAAUUA